UUUUCGGUAAUCUUUGCUGGGUUAGAGUUUCAUAGUUCUCAGCUAGCAUACUGUUUCCAUUCUCUUUGAUUAAGACAUUGGUUAUCUGUUACGGUUCAUCGUUGGAUGCUCCUCUUUUUCUGGCGGAACUGGCCCGCUUCCGUUCGGGUGGGCACAAUUGGGCGUAGAAAGAUCGGAUCGGAAAAUGAUUCACUUGGAGCCUUUAAUUCGUGAUUCAAGCUGUUGGAUUGCUUAAGUAUGGCCCACUUCCCCAAUUCCAAGCUCUCCAUUCCAUAACUCCUCCAUAAUUGCCUUGUAUAUAACCAUGGCUACCUCGCGGUCUAUUCCCUCUGUCAAGCUCAACGAUGGCACCUCGAUUCCCGUGAUCGGCUAUGGUACCGGCACGGCAUGGUUCAAAAGGAGCGAAGCAUCCGGUCUGAAUCGCGAGCUAGUCGACUCGGCCAAGAGUGCCGUAAAGCUGGGAUAUUAUCACCUCGACGGCGCCGAAGUCUACCGGACCGAGGAAGAACUGGGUCAGGCCAUUGCGGAGUCCGAUCUCCCGCGAGACCAGCUCUUCGUCACUACCAAAGUGAACCAGAACAUAGCAGACAUUCCCGCCGCUUUGGAUGCUAGUCUAAAGAAGCUCCAAGUGGAUUAUGUUGAUUUGUACCUUAUCCACCAGCCGUUCUUUGCUCAGACCAAGGAGCAACUGCAAACCGCCUGGGCUGCUAUGGAACAGGUCAAGGCCUCCGGCAAGGCCCGGUCCAUUGGCGUCUCCAACUUCCUGCAGGGCCACCUCGAGACGGUCUUGGAAACCGCCAAGGUGGUUCCAUCCGUGAACCAGAUCGAGUAUCACCCGUACCUUCAGCACGGCAACUUGGUUUCCUGGCAGGCGAGCAAGGGUAUUAAGACCGUCAGCUAUGCUGGCCUCACGCCGGUUACUCGUGCCGCCGGGGGCCCGUUGGAUUCGCUGCUGGAGGGUCUGGCUACCAAGUAUGCCGUCAACCCGGCCGAGAUCUUGCUCCGCUGGAAUUUGGACCAGGACGUGAUUUCAAUCACCACCAGUGGAAAGGAAACUCGUUUGGCCAGUUACUUGCGGGUGUUGACCUUUAAGUUGACCCCCCAGGAGAUCAAGGAGAUUUCGGAGUUGGGACAGGGGCACCAUUUCCGGGCUUUCUGGCAGGACAAGUUUGCGGAGGAUGAUCGGUCAUAGAGAGUGGAAGAGAAGGAAGACUGUGUGCCGGUGUCUAUAGCACUAUUUAUGGUAUAUAUAUGUAGAUCAUCUAUCGACAGGGUCAGCUCGACAGUCAAUCCAACCAGAUAUACUUGAACUGAUUUCCUUCGAAAGGGUUUUUUUCGGAGGUAUUUUAGAUCGGCUGUCUCGAUGGGACAAAGCAUUAUCUUUGAGCUAUUGCUACACUCGGUGACUAGUAAGAUGAUUCUGGAAGGAUUGUGGAGGUUUCAAACAUAUAGAACUCGAGUAUACCAUGG